GGCGAUCUUCUUCAGGGUUGGUUAUCGGUUCCGGUUCUGCGCAGGUCAACUUCCUGCUAUUCACUCUUCUGCCGUUGCAUUCCCGGAUAUCUGUCCCUUUGGAUGCCCUCAGAAGCCGGCAUGAGGUGACAAGCGCCAUGGACUCGCCAUUCCCCAAAUCCUCAUCUGCCGACGGGGAGGGUCGCAUUGUGAUCCGGCUCCUCCCUGAGGGCAUCAGCGGGGUCGAGGCAUUCACAUAUCAGUACCCUCUCAAAUUGAUCACGCCGAUGCGGGCCCCCGAGACCAAAAGUGCCCUUGUCUUCCUGCUUUCCUAUGGCGGCGGCCUUGUGGGCGGGGACCAGGUCAAGCUGUCCAUCGACGUGAAGGCUGGCGCGAAGCUGAGUCUGGCCACGCAGGGGCACACCAAGAUCUUCAAGUCGCCUAGUCCGGAUAUUGUCACUCGCCAGGCCAUGCACGUCAGCAUUGCGCCCGGCGCGGCCGUCUGUCUGCUCCCAGACCCGGUCCAGCCUUUCGAAGCCAGCGUCUACGAGCAAAUCCAAACAUUCAGGCUAGCACAGAACUCGUCGCUCUGCCUCUUGGAUUGGGUUACCCAGGGCCGUACUGCACGCGGGGAGAACUGGAGCUUCGUCAAGUGGGUUGGCCGCAACGAGGUCUGGACGGUCGGCGAUGACGAGGUAGCUGCUCGUGGCCGACUGCUGGUGCGAGAUUCCGUUAUCCUCGACAGCAACCGAGCCCAUGCCCAGCUGCCGACGCUCCGCGAGUCGAUGCACGGUUUGGGCGUCAGCGGGACUCUCAUCCUCCGAGGGCCGCUGGUGAAGGCGCUGGGCGACUUCUUCCUGGCCGAGUUCGCCGCCCUCCCGCGGCUCGGGGCGCGCGACUGGCGAAGCGACGACGCGAAGAAACAGUCCGAGGUCUUGCUCUCGCCGCGAGAGAAGUGGCGGGUCCAGAGGCUGCAGAUGGAGAAGGAGAGUAGGCUGCUCUGGUCAGCCGCCAAUGUCAGGGGCUGCGUCGUGGUCAAGUUUGGAGCGCCGGCAGUUGAGGCCGGCCGGCUCUGGAUUGGAUCCAUGUUGUCUCAGGAAGGCAGCAUCUCGCAGCAUUUCGGCGACCAGGCGCUGUUGUGUCCACUCAUGGAGACCUCAGACAACACCGCGACGAGCUCACCUGCUCCCACUUCUACCGCGCGCCGCUCCGGACGCGUCACGAAGGCGCCCACCAAGUUUACUCCCCAUGCGCCCGCCACCAAGCGCAAGCGGAAUGCAGAUCACGACGACGAGGAUGCGGAAAACGAGUCGCCCGAUGAGAUGGGCGAUAUUAAUGAUGCCAAUGAUGAUGAUGCAGACGACACGGCCACCGAGGAACCCCGGCGCGCUCCAAAGAAGAAGAAGCCCUCAUCGUCGCAAGCAGCCAAGUCGAGGAAACCGGCCGCAAAAAAGCCAAAAAUCAACGGCGACGCGCCGCCCCGAGAGCCCGUUCAUGCUGCCAGUCUACCGAGUCGCCCGAAAAAGGCGGUCCGAAUUGCGGUUGCCCAGCGCGAGGCUCAUGGGCUGUAUGCCGACGUCUUUGCCUCUGGAGAUUCUUCCGACAAGGUUGCGACGGAAUGGUACCACAAAUACCAGGCGGACGACACUGCUGCCGUCACUGACCUCGUGAACUGCAUCCUCCUGUCGGCUGGCUGCGACCAGCAGGUCACCCAAGACGAUAUACGAGACCCAGAAAACUGCUCCAACAGGCUGGCGGAUUUGCAGAACGUCUACGCUGAAGAGGGAAUCACGGACUAUCCCCUCAUUUCGAGAGCCAAGUCUACGAAGUCGUUCCGCGACCUGCUGGUCGGCUUUUUCAGGUCUCUGGUCACCGUUCUCCACGAGACCGACGUCCUCUACAAGGACAGCGCAUUGAUGGAGAAUAUCGCGCGAUGGGUGGCGUCCAUGUCUUCGUCGACCCUUCGGCCGUUUAGGCAUACAGCAACCACCGUCGCUCUCGCCAUGGAGGCCGCUCUGGUCGAAGUUGCGAAGAAGCUCGACGACCGCAUCACAAAGAUGACCCAGCAGGUUGACGCCGAGAAGAGCCGUAAGGGGAAGAACAAGGAACGAUUGGCCGUGAUCCAGAAGAACCUCGAGGAAGCAGAGCGUAACCGACAGAUUUGCCAGGAGCAAAUAACAGACUUUUUUGAAACCGUCUUCGUCCACCGAUACCGCGAUAUCGACGCCAAGAUCCGAACCGAGUGUGUUGAGGCUCUCGGCACGUGGAUCUGGCUUCUGCCCACCUUCUUCAUGGAACCUGAGUAUCUACGAUACUUGGGCUGGAUGUUGUCCGACCCCACCCCACAAACCAGACAAGAGGUGCUCAAGCAGCUCGCCCGGAUAUUGAAGCGCGAUGCUGAGAAGCUUGGUCACUUCAUCGACCGAUUCCGGCCGCGCCUGGUCGAGAUGGCUACCAAGGACGCCGACGUCAGUGUUCGGGUCGUCGCCAUUUCUGUCAUCCAGAUCCUGAAGGACACCGGCAUGCUCGAGCCCGACGAGAUCGACUCUAUUGGCCGGUUGGUCUUCGAUUCGGAGUUACGCGUACGGAGGGCUGUCAUUGAUUUCUUUGCCGGUUGUGUUAACGACUCAAUCGAGACGAAGAUCGAGGACAUGGGAGGCGUCGAUGCUGUUGACGAACUGUUUGGUGACGACGAGGAGGAUGAUUACUUUUCUCCCCGCCGAGAUUGGAUCAGCAUCAAGUGCCUUGCCGAGCUCCUGGCUGCGUACGAUGCGCAGCUUGAGGAAGAGAACCACACACAGCCAGUCCGUUAUUUGGAUAUUGCUGUCGAGAUGGUUCAGGCUGUGGCGCCCGAGACCCGCAUCUCGCUGGCCUCGCAGGUCUUGUACGAGAAGAUCGAUCAAGUCAAGAAUUGGGAGCUCUUGUCCGGUUAUCUUCUCUAUGACCACACGACAAGUACAAAGUCGAGAUCGUCAUCCAAGCGCACCUCAAACGAGGCGACGCUUAAGAAUGCUCUGGCACCAGAGGGUAAAGAAGAGUCUGUGCUUCUGGAGGUUCUCGCGUCUGCUGUCAAGCUGAGCCUGGCAUCAGCCUCAGACGCCGACAGGAGCAAGAGGAAGCAACGGCCAGAUGCCGGUGACAGCGCCGAGGAUUCGGCCGUACACCUUGCUGGCAUUAUCCCUCGCCUUUUGAACAAGUAUGGAGCCGAAGCCAGCACUGCGGUCAUGGUAUUACGCCUGGAGCACUCAUUGCCCCUCGACGUAUUCCAGCAGCUGCGCCAGGACUCGACAACAUACAACCGCUUGUUGGACGAGAUAUGCACCCAGUUCGAUAGGCAUGUCGACAGAGGUGUCCUGGCAGAAGCAACAGCAGCUUUGUUGCACGCGCGGAAGUACGACGAACUGGAGGAGAUAACAUAUACCAAGAUUGCAGAGCUGUGGGAGACGGUGAUUAACGCCCUCCGGCAUUUCGACAAGUCCCACGAGCUCAGCGACCGCGGCAACAUGGAAACUCCUGCCAUUACCCAGUUGGGCAGCAUCCUUCUCAAGGUCAGCAAGCUCGCCAGCAUCGCCGACUGCGUGGAAGUAUUCGAAGCCGAAGGCCAAUCUGAAGACUCGUCCAACCCGGUCAUCGAACUCAUCACCCGCACCGUCCACCGCGGCAAGCUCGACCAGGUUGACGAAGCGCUCGAUGACCUCGAAGAUGAAGCCGUCUCGUACGCCAUCCAAGCCUCCAACUUCUACUUCAUGUGGAAAGUCCGCGCGCUCCUCACGGUAGUGCAAUCCUCCACCGCCAUCCCCGCCCAACCCGUCCAGCGGCUGUCCAGCCUCCGCAAGACGUACGCCAACAACCUGAUCUGGACCCUCUCCUCGCGCGGCACCAACGACGACCUCCGCCUCUUCGCGACCGGCGCCCUCUGCGACCUGCACGUGCUGUUCGCCUCCCUCCGCGAAGCAGUCAAACAAUCCCCGUCGCAACCGCAGAUCUACGCCCACCUCGAGCCCCUCUUCGAACCCAUCCAACCAGGCCUCACCAACGAGCUCAUUGAGAUUUACAACGCUGCCGAGCGCGCCUACGCCCGUGUCACUAAGCGCGCGCUCAAGGAGCCCUCCCGGGACGAUCAACUUGAACAACAAGACGCGGCCCUCCCCGCCGCCGACGAAGAAGACUUGGAAGCAGAAGAAGAUGAUGAUGAAGACGAGGAGGAAGCAGCCGCCGACGCGGCCCUGUCGCCCACGGAGCGCAAGGGUAAGGAGCUCAAGCUUGAGCGCGCCCUGUGCGAGCUGGCAGGCAAGCUGGUGCUGGCCAUCCUGGCCAAGAUGGCGGAUCAUGUCGGCCCCCAAGCAGGCAAGUUGAGAAGGAGGAUGGUACGCAACCAGGGCAAACUUGGGCCGAAUCAUCGGGAGACGGUCUUGUACCUUGAUGAAGGGAAAGUCAGGGAGCGGCUGCAGCAGGCGUCGGCGGUGGCUGGGGGUGGAGAAGGAGGAGGAAGAAAGAAGAAGGUUGCUGGCGGUGCGGCUGGUGGUGCUAAGGCCAAGGGUAAGGGGAAAGCGGCUGGUGGUGGUGGUGGUGGUGGUGGCGGUGCUACUGCUGCUGGGAAGAAGGCGCCGCUUAACGAGGAGAUUGUUGUUGCUGAGCACGACGAGUCCGAGUUAUCCGAGAUUGAGGAGCCCGAGCCGGAGGAGGGGUCUGCGGAGGACUUGAGGAGAAGGGAGUUGUUGGAUGAUCCCAUUGAGGAUGCUGAGGAUGAGGAGGAAGAGGAGGGUGGUGAUGGCCGUGGGGAUAAGAUGGACGAGGAUGAGUCUGUAAUAGGCGACUGAGGAGGAAUCAUCUGUUUCUGUUUUCAUAUUGUCCAUUCCUUUGCUCCCUUGGCGUAGUGGCUGUUGUAUAAUGGUCUUGGCUGAUGAGGCUGAGUUUGCUUUGUUCACAGCUGUUUAACACUUCACUCUGGGAUUGAUGCUGCAUCCUGAAUUCUUUUACAGAGGAGAUUGGCAUGAUGCUGCUAGUAACACCGGCUUUGUUGAUAUGGUUGUAAUCAUGCGAUAUGCAUGCCAUGAAAGUGCCCUGAAUCAUUGAACAACCCGUAAAAGCUGGGUUGUCAUGUAUGCAUAUUCUCCC